CGCUAGGAGGACGCGUGCACAUCCUCGCUGCUCCACGAGAGGCGCCCGCCGGGUCUCUAAGCCGUGGCCCGGACGGCUGCUGCAACUAGGGCUUCGGGCGCGUCCUUUUCUCCUCUCGUCCCGCUCUUUUCCCCAUCCCUCGCUUGGUGCAGUGUGGUCUUCUCACCUGAGCACUGUGAAGACUGACAGGGUUGGCAAUGGAGAACCAAAAAUCGCCAGACUCCUCCCAGAAUACCAAGCAGUGUGUGCUUUCAGAAGAGUUAAUUGCAGAAGGAAAAUGGAUCAAGCUUGAAAAAACAACUUACAUGGAUCCUACUGGUAAAACUAGAACUUGGGAAACAGUGAAACGGACAACCAGAAAGGGACAGACUGCGGAUGGUGUAUCAAUCAUCCCAGUUCUACAAAGAACUCUUCACUAUGAGUGUAUUGUUCUGGUGAAACAGUUCCGACCACCGAUGGGUGGCUACUGCCUAGAGUUCCCUGCAGGCCUCAUCGAUGACAGUGAGAGCCCAGAAGCAGCUGCUCUUCGCGAGCUGGAGGAGGAGACUGGCUACAAAGGAGAUGUUGCCGAAUGUUCUCCAGCUGUGUGUAUGGAUCCAGGUUUAUCAAACUGCACUACACACGUUGUGACAGUAACCAUCAAUGGUGAUGACGCAGAAAACGUAAGGCCUAAGCCAAAACCAGGGGAUGGAGAAUUUAUAGAAGUCAUUUCUUUACCAAAGAAUGACCUGCUGAAUAGACUUGAUGCUUUGGUAGCUGAAGAACAUCUCACCGUGGAUGCCAGAGUCUACUCCUAUGCUCUGGCGCUGAAACAUGCAAACACGAAGCCAUUUGAAGUGCCGUUCCUGAAAUUUUAAGGCCAAAGAGGACACUAGCCAAGUUUUGGUAAAUGAGACUCCAGGCCUUCAUUACUAAGACUUUGUAUUUGAUGUAGUAGAAUGUAGAUUUGAAAACAGUUUUUUCAUAAAAUAAAAGCACAGAAUGCAA